AUGACUGAAACAGCAGUUUGUCUUGGAACAUUCAAUGCUGUGAAGACACUUUGGGAGGUGAGAAUACACAAGAUAAAUGAAGAACUGAAGAAAGAGAAGGAAUUCAGACAGAGGUCUGCAGGAAGGUUACUACUUGUCUGGGAGGAGAGAGCUGCUUUAGCAAAGCUCAAAGAAAAAGUCAUCAAUGAAGGUGGAAGAGCAAUUUUAAGGAUAGAAGAAGAAGAAUGGAAGACACUACCUUCGUGCUUAUUGAAACUAGUCCACCUACAGGAAUGGCAGCUUCAUAGAACUAGUUUGCAGCAAAUUCCUCAAUUCAUUGGAAGAUUUCACAACCUUGUUGUUCUGGAUCUAUCCCGGAACUCAAUUGAAAGUGUACCUAAAGAAAUCGGCCAGCUGACUAGCCUGCAAGAGCUUCUCCUCAGUUACAAUAGAAUAAAGUCUGUUCCCAAGGAAAUAAGUAACUGCGUCAGUCUAGAAAGAUUGGAACUGGCUGUCAACAGAAGCAUCUGUGAUCUUCCUCCUCAGGUGUUGACACU